GUUUUUUGGCCCCGGCGAGGGUGUCAGAUUGAAUGGCCUGUGCGCAUGUGCGAAGGUGUCCAAACUGACAAUGCUGGUGAGAUGAAGAUAGUGUUGUUGCUGCUUCUGGGCUCACGGAGGACGACGAGAGGAAUCUACAAGCCGACAAGAUGAGAUCCAAGGCGAGGGCGAGAAAACUGGCCAAAAAUGACAGUGAGCCAGUGGACAGCGUGUAUGACACAGAGGGCGACCUCGCCGGUCUAGCAGCCGGCAGCGUCGGCGGUGCCGACAGCCCAGAAGACGAUGUGGAGGACGGCGUCAUCAGCAUGUCUCCUCUGCCCUCACCGCCUCCCUCCCAUCCAAACAACAACCACCACCACCACCUGCUGCACCCCCACAUCUACGCCUCCCACCAUCACCUCCACAACAACAGCAGCAGCAGCAAUGACCAGGACUUCACCACACCCAAGGAGGGCUCGCCCUACGAGGCGCCCGUCUACAUUCCCGACGACAUUCCCAUUCCCGGCGAGCUGGAGCUGCGGGAGUCUUCUGUGCCCGGCGCCGGUCUGGGCAUCUGGGCCAAGACCCGCAUCUGUGCUGGUGAGAGGUUCGGUCUGCACAGCACCAAGCACCACGGGGCCACGGGCAAGGACAGCUCCUUCGGAUGGGAGAUGAUGAAUGACCAUGAAGACGACUCCCCUGACAGCUGCAUCAAAAAGGUGGUCGACGACAUGGGCAACGUCAAGUUUGCACUGGACACGGGUCCGGAUGCCAGCGGCAGCAGCUGGCUCAAGUACGUCCGCUCCGCCCUGUCAUUCGAGGAGCAGAACCUCGCCGCCUGUCACCUCACGGGAGACCAGAUUUAUUAUAAAGCAGUCCGGGACAUUGAAGCAGGGGAGGAGCUUUUAGUGUAUAUGAAGGACGGUAUUUUCCCCGAGGGAUCCAUGGCACCCAACCUACAAGACGAGCAGAUGUACCGCUGUGAAGACUGUGACGAGCUGUUCUCAUCGGCUCUUGAGCUGCGGCGGCAUCAGAAGUACUCGUGCUCGAGCGCCGGCUCCAUCUUUGACACGCUGAGGGAGGACUUCAAGCAGGAGCGCGAGGACAGCGACGAGCCCGUGCACGAGUGUAAAGACUGCGAGAAGAUAUUCCCCAAUGAGUACAGUCUGGGCCAACACAUGAUCGUCCACACAGAGGAGAGGGAGUACAAGUGUGACCAGUGCCCAAAAGCCUUCAACUGGAAGUCCAACCUCAUCCGGCACCAGAUGUCACAUGACAGUGGCAAACGCUUUGAGUGUGAAAACUGUGAUAAGGUGUUCACAGACCCCAGCAACCUUCAGCGCCACAUCCGCUCCCAGCAUGUCGGCGCACGCGCUCACACGUGCCCCGAAUGCGGCAAGACCUUCGCCACUUCGUCGGGCCUCAAGCAGCAUAAGCACAUCCACAGCAGUGUCAAACCCUUUAUCUGUGAGGUGUGCCACAAGUCCUACACCCAGUUCUCAAACCUCUGCCGCCACAAGCGUAUGCACGCUGACUGCCGCACCCAGAUCAAGUGUAAGGACUGUGGGCAGUUGUUCAGCACUACCUCCUCCCUCAACAAGCAUAGGCGCUUCUGUGAGGGCAAAAACCAUUACGGCUCUCCAGCAGGAAUGUUCAACCCUGGCAUCCCAAUGAGCUCCAGCCCCAUCAUGGCGAAGGCCAAGUCCCACCAUCCCCACCUCCCAGGUCUAAACCAGUCUGGCUUAGGCUUCACUGACUACUUUCCCUCGCGACCUCACCCUCAUGCCGGCUUGCCCUUCUCCCCCGGACCCCAUGGCUUUCCAUCGCUCCCGCAUGGUUUCCCAGGUAUCUUCCCUCCAUCGCUGUAUCCGCGACCGCCUUUAUUACCGGCCAGCUCAUUGAUAAAAAGCCCGCUGGGUGGCAGCAGUCAGGAGGUGAAGCUGCCUCGGAGUCCCUUAGACGCCCCGCCCCUGUCCCUGGUUAGUUCGACGAACAGCAACGGAGUCAACAGUUUGAAUCAGCUGGAAGACAAAGAAAAGGAGAACAAACUCGACUUGUCCUCGAGCGGAGAAGCUAAGGCGAAAUCGAAGAUCGCAGACAUGUCCGAUGGCAGCGACCUCGAAGACGUUAAUACAACGAGCGGGACUGAUUUGGACACCACCACUGGUACUGCUUCAGGCGACGGUUCCGACCUGGAGAGCGAAGGGGAGAGCGAACGCGAGCGAAGCGGGAAACGACGGAAGCCGUCGGGCACUGCGUCGAGUCAGGAAGCCCACCAGUUGGAGGACACGAACAGCGCGCUGAUGUCAGCCAUGUCGAGUUCAGGGAACCUCAACACUGAUCGUCCCUUUCUUUCCUCUGCGUCGUCGCAGCACUCGUUCUUCCCUCCGCCCGACGAGCAAGCCCUCCCCCCCACCACCACAAACGCUAAUGCAGCCACCACCGAUUCCAUCAAAGCCAUUGCUUCUAUUGCUGAGAAAUAUUUUGGCCCAGGCGUGAUUGGUCUUUAUCAGGAGAAAAAGAUGGGUCCACUACCCUACCAUUCCAUGUUUCCCUUCCAGUUUCUGCCCAAUUUCCACAAUUCCCUCUUUCCCUACGGCAUACAUCGAGGCGCCGAACCCAAGUCGCCUUGUGAACAGCUUCACAAGAUGGUCUCCAGUUCCCCUGCAGCUCCGGCUCCUACAGCGGAGUCACCAUUUGACCUCACCACAAAACCCAAGGAGGCCAAGUUGGCUCCUCCAACCCCUACAAACCCAUCAAACCCCAACAAUAGUACUGGAAACAGUAGCGGAUCUUUAGCAAUAUCUAGCAGUGAAGAACAACCAUUGGAUCUGAGCAUAGGCACUCGGAGCAGAGGCGGUCAUAACGGUGUACCAGCUGAGCCACAAAAUAGAAAGAACCACAUCUAUGGCAUCGGAAAGGGGAUGUCCAUAAAGGACGAAGCCCCCUCCGGUUUCCCGCAUCCCCAUCCCCAGUCGUUACACCAGUCCUCCCUCAGCCAGCACCAGCAACCACAGGCACAGCCGCACCAGCCUCCACCCCUGCACUACGCUAAGCCCUCAGCAUUUUUCAUGGACCCCAUAUACAGCAGGGUGGAGAAAAGGAAGCUACUCGACCCUGUAGGAGCUCUGAAGGAGAAGUUCCUUCGACCUUCACCACCACUCUUCCAUCCACAGAUGUCAGCCAUGGAGAAUAUGACUGAAAAGCUGGAGAGUUUUGGCGCUCUUAAACUGGACGCGCCGCCCAAUUCUCUGCCACACACGACCCAUCCACUGUUCAACUUCCGCUCGCCACCACCUUCUCUCUCAGACGCCAUCCUACGCAAGGGCAAGGAGCGCUACGCCUGCAGGUACUGUGGGAAAAUUUUCCCUCGCUCAGCAAACCUCACCAGACACUUGCGGACACACACAGGAGAGCAACCAUACAGGUGUAAAUACUGUGACCGCUCAUUCAGCAUCUCAUCCAAUCUCCAACGCCACGUCCGCAACAUCCACAACAAGGAAAAGCCCUUCAAAUGUCACCUGUGCAACCGCUGCUUCGGCCAGCAAACCAACCUGGACCGCCAUCUCAAGAAGCAUGAGCAUGAGAACAUUCCUGUGAGCCAACAGUCCGGGAUGCUUUCCAACUUAGGAACCACCAUCUCCUCGCCAAACUCAGAGCCAGACAAUCAUGCACUUUUAGAUGAGAAGGAGGACUCCUACUUCUCAGAAAUCCGCAACUUCAUUUCCAACAGUGAGAUGAACCAGGCCUCCAGCUCCACGGAUAAGAGGUCAGACCAGCCUGAGGAGGAGCGCCCGCCCAGCCACAGCUUGUCCAACUCCAAGCUCGGCCUCCGGGGGCUGGAGGAGGAGGAGGAGGAAGUGGAGGGUGACGACGAGGAGGAGGAGGAGGGCAGCUUGACAGAAAAGUCGCACGACGAGGCGCCGGAGUCCCCGUCUCCCGUCACGACGGGGCUGUAUGAGGAGGACGAGGAGGAGGAGGAGACAGAGCCGGCUCCGUUAGCUAUGAGCUAUGAACACACUCGCAGGUGUAUAGAGGAGGAGGGCUCUCUGUUGGACUUGGAGGGUCUGCCCAGCUUCCCCAAGAGCCUGGACGGUUUACGUAAAGCAGCCAGUGACGAGCAGCCGUUUGACGUUAAAGACAUAUUUAACACUUCACUAGAGUCUGAGGCUUUGAAAGAGACAUUGUAUAGGCAGGCUAAAACCCAGGCUUAUGCAAUGAUGCUGUCUCUCUCUGAGAACAACCCUUUGCACGCGCCCUCCCAGAACUCUCUGGACGCUUGGCUGAGCAUGGGAGGAGGAACGUCUGAGACGAGCGGCUUUCACCCGCUCAACCACAUCUAGGCAGGAGAGGCAGGAGGAUGGUGGUGGGAGGAAGACUGGGAGGAACAUUAGUCUCGCAAACGGACAGAAACAAGAGACGGAGCGGACAUGAGGAGCGAGAACGCGGACAGCGGAGAGGAAUUCAUCAUUGUCACAUACAUUCAAGAUAGGAAGUGUGAAACCGUGUGUGUGUGUGUGUGUGUGUGUGUGUGAGAUGGAGGAG